UGGAAAUACACGUAAUGUGAGUCGACAGAUAUGAGAGAGGAGCUGAAGCGUUACGAGCCAUGGCGCCUCCACAGCCGUCCGAUGCGUGCUGAUCGACGGCCGUGUUCGGCUCAUUACUGCUGCUAAUGGUUACUUAUGGUGGCAAUGGCCCAAAGGCAAUGAAUCCUCGUUUCUUGCGUAACUGUAGCCUUCCCCAUUGUCUUCCUCCCUCCUCCCCCGUUCCCACCCCGAUGUCUUCCACAAACCCUUUCUUUCUCUCCCUCUUCCUUGACAUGGAAGCAGCAGCUGGUGGUCGAGAUGGCUUUGGAGGGAAGUCUUGGCCGCCGCCUCCUUUGAUGCCUUUGAGAAACGUUCUUUCUGGUUCUUAUAGAGAGGAGCCAUGGGCACACCAUCAUGCGGACGGUGCAAUAGGUACUCUUCCUGACGGUAUUCUACUGAAUGAUUCCAGCUUUUAUGCCGAUCUUGGCAGUGGUAGCUGCGAGAAUAAGGUGGUGAAAAGAGAGGCAUGUAGAGAACGACAGCAGGCACGAAGCAGCUCAUCGUCUUCCAAUGGUGACGCUGCGGCGGCAAACGUCGUUAAAGGGCAGUGGACAGCUGAGGAGGAUAGGUAAUGAGAUUUAUAUUGAUCCAUUGGUUUAGAGCAGUAUAUGAGAUCAUCGAACGGACUUCCAGGCUCUGUUUGUUUGUGUCGCAGUUUGCUGGUUGGAUUGGUGAAGCAACAUGGCGUCAGGAAAUGGUCUUAUAUCGCUAAGAACUUGGUUGGUAGGAUUGGCAAGCAGUGUAGAGAAAGAUGGCAUAAUCAUCUGCGCCCUGACAUCAAGAAGGAUAUGUGGACGGAGGAAGAGGAGCGGCGACUUGUAGAAUCUCACAUGAAGUAUGGAAACAGAUGGGCAGAGAUCGCAAAGCACAUGCCAGGCAGAUCCGAGAACUCCAUUAAGAACCACUGGAACGCCACCAAAAGGAGGCUAAACGCCAAGAGGAGCAAACGGAAGACACCAAAGGGUGGAAGAUGUCCUCCCUCCAUUCUGCAAGACUACAUCCGGAGUAAGACCUUCGACUUGAGCAAAACAUGCAGCACCAAGACAUCACCAUCGACCAUGUCAAACCAGUUAGAUCAUGUCGCUUAUCCCGGGACGCAGAACCCCUCAUCUGCUCACAACUCCACAAGCAGUGCGGCGGAGGAUAUCUUCCCGUACAUGCAGAAAAUUCCGGAUCAGGGAGGGGAAGAAACCCAUGAUCCUUGCAUGCAUGACUCGCUCCAUGUUCUGAUCUUUAACGACGACGACGACUUCGACUUCCUUCCCAUUCGCGAUGCUCCAGCUCAAGUAUUCGGCAGCAGCGGCAACCUCAGCGACUCCAAUGGCAGCAGUCAUCUACAUCCGCCCUAUCUCCUAAACGGAGCUCCAGCUUCGUCAACUGGCGUGCUGGUCGGCAUGGAUGAUCUGAAAGCUCAGGCUUCUUGGAGUAGCAAGAGGGAUUUGGAUCUGGUGGAGAUGUUGUCCCUACAGUUCUCUUCCUCCCGUAGCAGCAGCAGCAGCAACAGCACACCUCUGAACACCAAUCCGAGCUCUGCUUUUGAAUGCCGAGUCGGUCAAGUCUUCUCCACUCAUCCUUGAGAUGCCACACAA